AUGGCGCCCAGGAAGCCUGCCACCACGGCGGAGGUUGCCCUCGUCCCUCUAAAGAACUGCCUCGUGAACUUGCCGCCUUCCUUGGUCUCCUUGCUGGUCAAUGCCAAUACCGCAGCGCAGAAUGUGAUUGUUGAGUUACAAUACCGCCCGACCGCAAAAACCACCACCAACGGCAGUACUACCCCGCGAUCAUGCUUCCUAGGAUGGACGGGAAUGCCCAGCAAGCGAAGACUUGCGCCGGUAGUCAGCAGGGAUGGGAUUACUAGCUCGUCCUCUGCUCGGGAUCAGGAUGUAUCUACGGUUGAAUUGGACACAACGUUUGGAAGGGUUCUUGGUUUAACCGAGGGACAAAGGAUUGGUAUUUUCAUUCACGUUGACCCUCCUGUGGCCCAUACGAUUAAUAUUGAGCCUCUAACGCCAGAGGAUUGGGAGAUUAUCGAGCUCCAUGCAUCGUUCCUAGAGCUCAAUCUUCUGUCGCAGAUCCGUGCUCUACCGAACCCGGCGUAUUCAACACAACAACCUGAUCAUAUGCACCCUCUAACAUUACAUCUUUCCCCCACAUCGACUGCUAAUAUUGUCAUCACAUCCUUGGUGCCUGCUCCACCUAAUACCGCGGCAUUCGCCAAGAUUUCACCUGAUGCAGAGGUUAUUGUUGCUCCAAAGACCCGUCCAAAAGCCAACACGCGAGCUCCACGUGGAGAUAGUAGAAGUGUCACGGGAAGUAGCAGGAAGAGUGUCGGAGGAAGAAGCAGUGGUAGCGCCACACGCGGAAAGAGCAGCAAGUCCGAGUCGACUAGCCGAGGCGCUCUCUAUUUCAGGGGGGUUGAUCGCCAAUGGACAGAGCAGUAUUUUGAUGAAGAGUCCGAAGAAGACCACAAUGAUGGGUUCCGCGUAUGGGUUGAUCCUGAUGUUCUUGCAACUAAUGAACUCCGUGGAGCUAGCUGGGCUUGCGUCACGGUUAUCCAGCCUUCCGGGUUGAAGGCACCGCCUGAUCCUCAGCAACAGAUAAAUCAAACGGAGCAGAAGUCUAGUGAUGCCGGGGCUCCCACAACGAAACUUGUGGCUAAAUUGAUGCCUUGGGCUGAUUGCCCUGACCCUCAACACGCAGCCCUAUCCUCUGUACUGUGCUCUGCAAUAGGAGUUGAAAGCAUGGUGGGCGGCAUUGUUCGGGUGGAGGCAGCUCCCCCGCCGCUGCAGCGGGCGGCUACCAGGGCGCUCAAAGUUUAUCCCUUCUUAACGGAUGCAUCCAAAAGGAAAGAUGGGUUAAAAUUUGGCGCAGAUACCAUAGCGGCCAAGGAUGCAUUGGUGGAGCGCAUUAAGGUGAUAUACGGCAGCACCGGUUCAGGAAAGGGAUUGCUUACAGGCCCUUUGACUGACGGCAUGAUCCUGCCCAAGGCCCAUAAUCCAGGAGUUGUGUCUGCAUUUGAUGGCGCUAUAAUCCGAUUUGAUCCGCCUCUGAAGAACCCUUCCGAUGCAUCCAAGCCGGCCUUUGGGUGGCUUUUGGGAUCCGAUGUAAAGCUGCCUCUUGAGGUGCAAGCUGAAAUACCAAAGCCGGCAGAAUCCAGUGCCUUGGUGCUUCCGACAGAGGAUGUGAUCCCAUCUACCGUUACCCCGAUGGUUGGCAUCGACCAGGUUAUUACGCAGUCGCUGGCCAGUCUUACCAAAUCCUCCUCUGUUUUGGUGACAGGUGGUCUUGGAUCUGGAAAGACAGCCUUGGGCCAUCUCUUAGCCCACCGCUUGCGCGAAGACUAUCUCUUUAACGUGAAGUAUUUCUCGUGUCGCAAGCUUGUAACCGAUGAAACUCGGAUUUCCAAUAUCAAGGAAACUCUGACCCGCCUCUUCAUGUCCGCCGCCUGGUGUGCUCGUCUAGGCGGGCAAUCGGUGGUGAUCCUCGACGACCUUGACAAAUUAUGCCCCGUGGAGACCGAGCUGCAGGUAGGAGGGGACAACGGCCGUAGCAGACAGAACAGUGAAGUGAUUUGCUCUAUGGUCCGGGAGUAUUGCUCCAUGAACUCGGGCGUGGUCCUUCUGGCAACUGCUCAGUCGAAGGAGUCCCUGAACAAUGUUAUUGUGGGUGGACAUGUGGCCCGGGACAUUAUCCAUCUUAGAGCUCCAGAUAAGGAAGGUCGACGAAAAGUCCUCGAGUACCUCACCAGUCAGGAUCGAUCGGCGACCAGCCCUGCCACCGCAGCCACUGGCCCUGCUACCAUUAAUGGACAAGUGCGAACCGGCAGCACCUCAACUAACGAUUCUUGGCUGGAUCCCUCCAACCCAGGGAGCCGUCCAAGCUCGUCUGGUGGCGAUGGGUUUGUUCUUGGACGAGAGGUCGACUUUCUGGACCUUGCGGGCAAAACUGAUGGAUAUAUGCCUGGAGAUCUAGUCCUGCUGACCUCCCGUGCAAGGAAUGAGGCACUUAUCCGAUCUGUCUCGGAGUCAAUGGAGACUUCCAAGGCAAUCACCCUUGAUUUGGUAGAUUUCGAAAACGCUAUCAAGGGAUUUACGCCAGCAUCUCUCCGGAACGUUACCUUGACCUCUUCUACCACUACGUUUUCAGCUAUUGGUGGAUUGCAGGAGACCCGGAAGAUGCUCCUGGAAACGCUGCAGUACCCGACCAAGUAUGCCCCUAUCUUCGCACAGUGCCCACUACGGUUGCGAUCCGGUCUGUUGCUCUAUGGAUUCCCUGGGUGCGGUAAAACCAUGCUGGCCAGUGCCGUGGCAGGCGAAUGCGGAUUGAACUUUAUCAGUGUCAAGGGGCCCGAGAUCUUGAACAAGUAUAUUGGUGCUAGUGAGAAGAGUGUCCGCGAUCUUUUUGAACGGGCGCAAGCAGCUCGGCCGUGCAUUCUUUUCUUCGAUGAAUUUGACAGUAUUGCACCUAAACGUGGACAUGAUUCUACAGGAGUCACAGAUCGAGUGGUCAACCAGCUCCUCACCCAGAUGGAUGGCGCGGAAGGCCUGUCGGGCGUGUACGUGCUGGCCGCCACGUCCCGUCCCGACUUGAUUGACCCGGCCUUGCUACGUCCCGGACGUCUGGACAAGGCGCUCCUCUGCGAUAUGCCCAACCAUGCCGACCGAAUGGAUAUUAUCCAAGCGGUCAGCAAAAAGCUGCUGAUGAGCGGAGAAGUGGCUUCUCGACUGGACGAAGUGGCGGCGCGUACGGAAGGCUUCUCUGGUGCGGAUCUGCAAGCUGUGGUUUACAAUGCGCAUCUGGAGGCUGUGCACGACGCUCUGGGGGAUCGCUCGGGUGGGGACAAGCCCCCUGCAAAGAGCGGAAAGACCACAUCCACCACCAGUACGGGCAGUCGCUCCUUUAUCCAGUUCGUGUACUCCACCUCGGAGCAACGAGCCGGGUCAGUCACUCUGCCUGCGCCCGCAGUCGUGGCAUCGAGGCUCGAUGCGAUCAAGAACGCACGCCGUCGUCAACGACAACUGGAACAAGCAGUCUCUGGGGCGACUACUGCAACUUCUACCAGCGCCCCAGGUAAUUCUCACGAAGCGGUGGCGGACGAGGGACGGGAGGAGAUUGUAGUUCGCUGGGAACACAUGGAGCGGUCUCUGUCCACGACCCGUAGCUCGCUUAGUGACGCAGAGCGGAGGCGUCUCCGGGCGAUCUACCGAGAGUUUGUGGAGGGACGCGAUGGGGAAAUGCCGAAUGGAGAGGGGGGAAGAGAGAUUGGGGGACGGACGAGUUUGAUGUAG